GAGUGGACCUGGGGCGGAGCACCGCUUCGGGGCCUGGCGGCCAACAAGACCAAGACCGUCGAGGAGUCGGCCUCUGGCAAGGAUCCGAGGGAUACCCCGCGCACGAUGACCAAGAUGAGGUGCCCCGCUGGCCAGCCCGAGGAGUACGGCGUGCGCAACGGCUUGCCCUGCUGGUUGGACUCGGACUGCUGCUCUGCAGCGUGCAUCGUGAACCUGUGCGCCCAACAGCUUGACGUGGGCGAGGUCGAGGCCAACGCGCCAGACACUUAUACGCCAGGCGAGCCGGGAUCGGAGGGAGCCCAGUGCCGGAUCGACUCAGAUUGCCAGUCGGGGAGAUGCCAGCUGUACCUGUGCUCGGCGCCUGUCACCUGA